UUUAAGAAAAUUUACAAAGUGACUGCACAGUAACUCAUUACAACUUUUGAGUUGAAUCAGUUCUUUGGUUAUGUCUAUGAAGUUUUCAACUUAUACGAAUCAAAUAGUUGAAAUCUUUUAGUUUGAUUUCUUAAUACUGUAUAAUUUUAAGCACCGUGUUGUUUUUUUUUAUUAUUUUCUUUUCAUGUUUUCCAGAUGAUUUUUUGUGUGUGUGGAUCAUUCUAAUGGAGUUAAUAGCCCUCUGGAAAUUGUUAGUCUUAAAAAAAUUUUAUUUGUCUAUUGACUGACGAAGACUUUAUAUCCAUUUUGAGAAAUCAUAAAAUAAUGCAAAAUGGAUUUUAGGAAAUUAUUGGAAGCAGCAAAUUAUAAUUCACAUGAAGCCAAACAUGAGUCGUCAAUCAAAACUUACAGCACAGUUCUUCCACCACCAAAGAAAGUUGGAAAAUCAACUGUUCAGUCUGAUGGCAUUAAAAAGUUUUUGGCUAAGAAAAAAGCUGAAGAAGAUGCCAAAGCUGCAGAAGCUCGAAAGCAAAAGGAAAGAUUGCUACAGUUGAGGUCACAAAGUACCAAGAAUAAUAAAAAAGCUAAACUUAUGGCAGCACGCACUAAAGAUAAUGACUUCAGUAAGAUUAAACUGUCUGAGGAUCAAGUCGCAUCUAAAAAGAAAAUAGAAAUUGAACUCAAUCGUAAACAUUUAAAAGACAAGAAGGAAAGAAUGAAAGCUCGUAUCGAAUUAGAAGAAAAAGAAGCUCAACUUCCUCGGAAAAGAAAGCGAAAAUCAAAAAAUGGCGGGGAGGGUGCUACCCAAGGACAUGAAAGUGAUGAACCCAUAGAGGAAGAAUAUUUUAAGAAAGAUAAAAAUCCUCCAUCUAAAAAUGGAUUUCGUAAACCUCCUCCUCCACCGGUAAACUUUAGUGAACUUUUAAAAAUGGCCGAAACAAAGAUGCACGAACCUGUGGUUAUUCCAAAGAAGAAAGAAGAAGGGAAACUUAUGACCAAGAAGGAGAGAAGAAUUUAUGAGGAAGAACAAGCUAGAAUGAGGAGGAAACAAGAACUUUUGCAGAAAGGUAUACAACCCAGUUUGUAUAACAAAACCCCUAGCGGGAAGAAAGAAAAUGACAAAACUCUUACCAAGAAACCUCAUGUUGUACACAUAGAAAAAAAUAAAACUCUUAAUCCAUCUAGUGAGUCUUCCUCCUCUAAAUUUAAAAUUCCUAAAAGUUCUGCUGCUGCAGACGCAAACAAAACGAACAAUGGUGACUCAAAAAUUAUGCACCCUAAUAAAUCACAGUCAAAUAACAUAAAAAAAUUAAAGCCAUCUGGACCUAAUGAUAGACUUCAAAUAAGCAAAAAAGAAAACGUUGGUUCAACAAAACCUUCUGUGCCACAAAACUCAGUACCAAAAAAAAAACCUAAAAUCAAACCUGUUUCUACUUCAUUGCCUAAGACGUCUUCUAUACCCACUAUCGAUGCAGAUGCUAUAGCUGCUGAUAUAGAAAGAAGAGUAAGAGAAAAACUUGAAAAGCAAUAUGCUGAAAAAGUGAAGAAACAGUUGGCGGAUGAUCUCGAAAAGCAAAUACAAGCCAAGUUGGAAAAGGAAAUAGAAGAGAAAUAUCGCCUUUCUUUAGAAGAACAACGUAAAAAAUUUAAAUUACAAAAUGAACCAGUUGAAAAGGUCAAAAAGCCUGACAUUUCUAGUAAAAGUGCAACUUCACUUAAUGGUAAAGUUCCUCAAAAAGCUGUCUUAGAUAAACCCCCAAUUAAGAAAAGUACAGAUAAACCAACUAUACAAAAAAUAUCUGCUCCACAGCCUCCACCAAAAAAGAAAUUCCAUCCAAAUCCUUAUUUAGAUCCUCCAAGACGAUUGCUCGAACCCAUAAUUCCUCCCAAAAAGAGACGUGUAAUAGAAGAUUACGAUGAAGAUGAUGAUGAUGAUUCUGAUAUGGAUAGUUUCAUUGAUGAUGGGCCAGCUGUAGAUGAUGAAAACUAUUCUCAAUAUAUCAAGCAAAUUUUUGGAUAUGAUCGCAACAAAUAUAUUGAUUGUGAUGAUGAUGACAUUCAAGAAAGUAGUUACCAAGAACAAAUGAAAGAAGAAAUGAGAAGUACCAGAUUGGGGUAUAUGGAAGAUUUAGAAGAGGAAAGAAAACUGCGAGAAGAAGAAAAAGCAAGAAAGGUACGAAUGAAGAAAAAGAAGUAAUAUUUUUCAAAUCAUUACCUGUCUAUUAUUCCCAUGGAAUAUGAAUUAAUAAAAACAUUCAACUGUACAUACAUUUUUACGUAUGCAUCGCUUUCCGUGUCUUGUUUAAAGUGUCUUUCAUUGGGAACCAUGAUUUGUGAAGAAAGAGAAAAGCAUGUUUAUAAAAUCAUCUUUUAUUUAUUUAUAUAGUGUUUUAUUUAUCCUUGUGAUCCCAUACUACAAAAAACAGAUUGUAUGAAUACCUUAUUUUCCAGUGGAUAAGAUUUUUGAUGUAUAAAAUCAAACUAAAAAUAAUGGACCAAGUGAUUUAUGUGAUAUACUUAGAUGAAGAUUGUGUGGUCUGUUUAUUAUUAUCAUUAUUUCUCUACCUUUUCAAUUUUUUAAUCGAAUAAUUUUUUUUAAAAAUAUUUUUGUGGUUGUUAAAAAAAUGGCCAAUCUGUUAAAUAUUUUAUAUCAUAUCCUUUAAAAAUGUACAUAUAUUAAUUAGAAUCAACCAGGGUUGGCAUAAUUUUAAUCACUUGAUUUAAAUCACCUGAUUUUUUUAAAAUCAAGCAUCCAUUUCAAUUUAAAAAAAAAAAUUUACAUUGUCAUUUAUAAAUUCAUUAUAAUAGUUUUAAUUUCUUCAAAGUACGAUUUAAUUAAUAUUUGAGGUUUUUUCUUGAAAAAUAACGAGAUGGAGUAAUGUAUGUUAAAUAAUACAUUAUUUUCAAAAUCAGAUUACGAAACAAAUAAUAAUAAAACUAGUUUAAAUAUGAAUAAAGAUGUAAAACUAUUAAAUUCUCUUUUGCUGUGAAAUAGUUUACUGUUAGUGAAUAUAUUUCUAUUAUACCCAUUCAUUUUUAAAUGUUUAUUUAAAAUUACUUUUGAAACUUAUUAAAUAUGUAGUUUGUGUGCUUAAAGAAUGAAGAAAGACCUGCUCAAUCAGGAGUGAUUUAAAAUAAUUAAUUUUUUCUUUGUUUCUUGAUCUAAAUAAUUUAAUAUUUUUUCACAUAUGUAACUGACAACUUGGGUUUUUAUAAAUUUAUGAUAUUGUUAAACUUGAAUGGAGAAAAAAAAACUAUGAUUUCAUUUAAUCAGUGAUUUGUUAGAAAUAGUAUGUAAUUAAUUUUUAUGUUAAUAUAUUUUUCAGAACUUUGAUGGAUAGAUGUAAAGAAUCUUAUUUAAAUCUAUUAAAAAUGAUUUUUCCAAUCCCGAAAUUAACACUAAAUUCAUAGAUUGAUAACAAUUAUGAUCAAGUGUUAAGAAUUUCUAUUUUUCAAAGUGGCUUAUCACUCACUUGGUAAUUUUGUGAAAUUAUAACUUUUUUAAUUUAACAGGGUUUUUUAUGGUCUGUUUAGCAAUCUAAGUAAUUUCUAUUUAUUUUAUAUCUUAGUUUAAUCUCAUUAGUUAAACUUAGUUACUUGCAUCCAAUUAUACAUAGAUAAUUUAAAUAUUCUUCAAAUGCUAUCUUUACUGUUACUAUUCCCUUGUUAAAAGUUUGAAAACUUACUGUAGAUUAUUAUUAUAUAUAUUGUAUUAUAUUUGAUAUUGAGCUAUGGAAUUAAAUUUAAACAGAAAUAUCAUUAACUAAUGAAUUUAUUUGCUGAAUAGUCAGCUUAAUUAUUUUUCAAACACAUUAUUUUGUAUGUAAGUUAUAAAUUUUUGAUUUUAUUUUAUUUUUUCUUGUGCUCAUAAAAGUAAUACCUUUAUGAAAUGAAGAUCCAGAUCUGAGUGUAAAUUAAACACAUUUAUAGACUGAGUGUAUUGUAGAAAACUACAAUAUUUACUCCAUUUUCUGCAGACGCCUUAAAUUUUUCUUUCAUUCAUUUAUUUACUUUUAAUUUAAUUUGAACAGUUUUUCUCAGAACUUAAUGAAAAUUUCCUUUCAAGUGUUAAUCAUCAGUGGUUUAUAAUAAUUAUGAUUAAUAUUGACUUAGUUUUAUAUUAAUCAUUUUUUGUGUAAUGGUGCAAUAUUUGUAAUAAGUUUUAUCGUGCUGCAUUUAGCAAUGCUGCAAGGUUUAACCUAAUAUAUGAAAAUAUAUAAGACCCGUAAAAGAAAUUUUGUUGGAUAAUAUUUUUGUGGAAAAGUGGUGAGUUUAACUAUCUGACCAUAGAGUAAAAACUUUUGUUCAAAAACCUGUAGAAACCACGGAAUAAAAACUUUGAUAGAUUGAAAAUCUGUUGAUGUCACAGAGCAUAAACUUGAAUUGAUCGAAAACCUGCUGAUGCCUCAGAGCAUAAACUUUGAUUGAAAACCUGUAGGUGCCACAGGAUUAAAACUUUUAUUGAUUGAAAAUAUGUUGGUGUAGUGCAGGAAAAAAAUAAGACUUCUGCUGGCUCCAGAAUUUUCCUUUUAUCACUUUAAAUUGGUUCUGAAAAUUUAUUUUUAACAACUUUUUAUUUUUUAAAAUAGAAGUCAAUGGUGUUCUUAUCAUGGAUAAAAUAUGUCCACUAAAAAUCUACUAAUUUAAAAAACAUUUUUUUUUUUUUAAGUUGAGGUUUGUUUAUGCUCUGGAAAGUAUGGUAAACAUAAACUGUGUGUUUUCCUUUUUCAAUUUGAUAUUAAAAAAAGAAAGAAAGAAUGCUUGGUCUUGUUGAACUGAACAACACUGGAAUCGUGUAUAGGUGGGUUAAUUAACCAGAGUGAAACUUAAUGCCUUUCUUGGCAAAAACGUGAAUUUGAGAAAAGUUCAUUUUAUGUGAAGAUGUCAAAUAGUGAAUAUUUGUUAAGACUGUCUUAUAUUUUAUUUAAAUUAAAUAAUCAUUUGUGUUAUUUUGAUAUUUAUGUUAGAAAGCUAAUAUAUUAUUCUUCAUGUGUGCCUGCCAGUAUGUUUUACAAAUAAAUGAAAGUUUGGAAACAUUUGUAAUAAAUUGUUUUUGAUAUUUCUUUAUAUUAUGUAAAGUUGUCUUGAUUGUUUUUAUUCGUGCUACCACUAAAAAUGAAGUAUUCAUUCAUAUUAUAUUUUUGUUUAAGUUUUAUGAAAGUCUAUGUGAUUAUCUGAAUUAUUUUUAGUGUGCACUUUGUAUAUUCUCAAAAGCACAUCAAGAUAAAAUUGCAGAUUGAUAUAGAUUUAAGAAUGUUAUUAUCUAUGGCAAGUUAACUAGGCUUUGUUGUAGAAGGUAGAAAAUGUGAUGUUGCAGUAAAAGACUUAAAUUUUUAACAUUCAUGAUUGGAAAUAUUGAUUAUAAAGGGAAAUUAUUAAGGAUGAAAUCGAGAGUUGUUAAGUUGUCAUUCAAUUUAUUUCUUUUUAUGUUUUUCAUUAUGAUUCAUCCGUAAUUACUACGAUUUUGUAGUCUAGAUUACGGUUAAAUAAUAAAAAUCAACUGUUAUUUAAAAAUUUUCAGAGUAAUCUGUUAAAAUCAUUUACUACCAAAAGUUUUGAAAUUUUGCUUGCCAAGAGUAUUUUAAAAAAAGUUAACUCUUCAGAGUUACUUUUGUCAUGCAGAAUAUUAUUAAAAUUAGGUAUGUAUCUAAAUAGAAUUAAAUAGUAGAAACAGCUUAAAAUUAUGCAAAUUUGAGUUUUUUUUUUUUUUUUUUAACGUUUUAUAUAUUAUUGUACUUCAGAUUAAGGACAGCUAGUAUGGAAAUUAGGCACCUCUGAGUUUACUUAAAUUUUUUUCCACAACUAUUUUCAUUUACAAGGACAAUUCAGAAAGGUUAUUUCAUAUUGUUAAUUAAGUACUCCUAAAUAUAGUAAAAGGAUUUAACAAAAUGUAACUUUUUUUCUUUUUAUUUUAAAUUAAAGAGUCGAAACAGGAGAGGAAAAUUUUUUUUUGCUUUGAUAAAGUUAUUUUUGGCUGUUAUGCAGCUUAAUGGGCAACAAAAUAUAUUACAAAGCUUUUUAUAGUAAGAUCAAUUAAUUUUGUGAAACUAUACAUCUUUUUUAGUAAAAUAAUAUAUAUUUGUUUUAUAAUAGUUAAUAUAUAUUUGUAUUUAAAAUAAUAUACAUAUAUUUUCUCCCUUGCUGUUUUAUAGCUUCAAACCAUUUAUACUAAAGUGACAAAUUUUCAGUAAUAUUUUGCGUAUUACUAUUGAAUGUUACAGAGUAAUAUCAAUGAACUAUAAAUUUGACGAAGAAAUAUAUUCUGCAUAAAAAUUUAUAACUUAUUGUUUUAUUUAAAAGAAAAAGUUUUGGCAAAACUCAUGCAUUUUAAAGAUAUGCCAAGAAAUACUUUCACACUAAGAAAUAUAAUACACUAAGAUAGGCCAAGAAAUAUUUUUACAAUUGAAGAACUCAUUAAAUUAGGUUCUGAGUAACAUUUUAAGAAUUUUAUAAAUAAUGCUUAAAGUUGAUGUAUUGAUAGUAGGAAAUCAAGAUAAUGCCUUGUCAUUAUUUCCUGUUUUGUAAAUUUCUUAUUUGGAACAUCUAUAAAUCUCUAGCACAAAUUGUGCACAUUAUAGCUUCACUGUUAUAACAUUCUAAUUUCCUGCCAAAAGAGAGACUAAAAUCACUAAUUGACAAAUUGUUGCCAAAUGCACUGUGAAUUUUCUUUCACUCGAAAAUAUUAACAAAGUUUCACUCAGUGCCUCUAUUCUCUGGGAUCUUCAACAUUUAAAGACUUGGCUAAAUGAAACUAAAAGAAAAACCUUCCCUGAGAAAUUAAAUUUUUUGGAAAUUUCAUAUAAAACUGUCUUUUACUAAGUUCUUCUAUUGUGUAAAGAUAUAAUUGUAUACAGUGAUUUGCAAUUAUGUACAUAGUCAUUAUGGCUCAGCCCAGUUAACUUGACAUAAACUAUAGAACUGAUUUGUAUGAAAUUAAAUUGUGACAUUUAUUUUCAACAUUACAAUUUUUAGGAGAAAAAAGUACUGUUUAAUAAAAAACAUUUCAGAUUAAAAAAUUUUGUAGACAAUAUUAACUUUUAUACUUGCAUUUUUUUUUAUAUGUUUCUUUGCAUGAGAAAAUUACUUCAUAUAUUUCUACUUCUAGUUUGUAACAAAACUCUCACGCCCUCAUCAUUUUCUUGUAAUGUAUUGUAUCAUCAGUCAUCAAUCAAUCAAUAAAGUGUGAUACCAUUGA